UUGGCUCCUACCGAAACCCAACAGCUCCCCCUCCCCCUAAACAAUCAAUCAAUCCAAUGAGCCACCGAAAUCCACCUUCUCCUUUACCAUCUUCACUUGAUUCCCAAUCACCUUCAUCUCCAUUCUUCUACACAUUCCUCCCUCACAAACUUCUCCAUAUAUAACACAUACUACUUCAAGUGAAGAAGAAGAAGAAGAAGAUCUAAAGAUGAUACUUGUGUCCAUUGUUGCUGAGUUGUUGGAAGAGUACACAGUGCUGGUUGCCAGGGUGCUGGAGCAGUUGCUCCGUGAAGCACCGUUUCCACGCCGCAUGCGCUUCCUCAUGCUCCGAAGCUUGCCUUUUGCCUCCCCUCCACGCGCUCUCUUGCCUGCUUCUCCGACGGCUGCCGUCCUGGCCAUCGCUGCUGCCCGCUGACUCUUUUUGUCUUGCUUCUGUUUCUCUUCAUUAUAUAUAAUUAGUCAGUACAUAUGUUUAUAUGAAUCAGUGCUGUGAUUAUAUAUAAUUACUCAUUAGAUUGUAGUUUGUUGGAGUCUUUGUAAAUUAGCGCUUGCGGAACUUUGUGUCAUUCUUGUUUUGGUUCUGUACAGAUCCAAUGAGAUAUCUAAAUUAAUCAUCUUUUUUUGUUUUGUUAA